CACUCUCUCAUUAUAUUCUUUCUCAACUAUUCCUCCAUCUAAUGGAGGAGGAGACGCCCGAGGAAGUAGAAGUAGAUCAACCUAUUUUCCCAAAAGUACAUUUUGGUGGAAUGAUGGUUGGAUCAUCUUAUCACUUUGUAAUCGCUAUUCACUUGUUGGAAUGGGCGGCAUUGGAAAUAAAUAAACAUCGAAAAGACCCCUCUUGCUACGCAAGCCAUUCGAAGAAGAUAAACGAUAUAGAAUGACUAAAAGAGGUCGGCCGUACAAAAGCCAACCAGAAACGAAUGAAGCGUCUAAGCACCGUCGGGUUGAGUUUGAAGAAGCAAUUGACGAUGUUAUUCCAAUAGCAUUAGCUCAGAAGCUUCGGCAUAGGUUAGCAGAGGAAAAAGCUGAAACCAGUUCAGCCAAUGAGGACGUGGAGAAAAAGAAACCGAGAGGAAAGAAAGCCGACCACCUCUACUGUCGACAGAACCCCACCGAGUUCAUUUCAUGUAUACAAAGCUUGAUGCCACGGCAGAAGGAAUCCGUGAAUGAACUGGGUUUUGGCGCUGUCUUAGACAUCAAUAUCUCUCCCAGGGUACUUAGCUUACCGGGUGCUCAAGUCGUUUAAUCUGGCUUGGUGCGAGAUUACAUUAUCUGGGGUGAGCGCUUAACACUAGAUGAGAAGGAUGUCCACUUGACGUUGGGCUUUCCGAGAGGCCCGACAACCAUAACACGCAAAGAAGAUGUAAUACCCGCACCCUUAUUUCAGUUCUUUCGUCUUGUUAAUGUCGAACUGAAGAUGUAAAGUUCUCUUUUCAUGAAGAGUUAAUGGAACUCGAGCCUUUGAU